AUGCCCAAGGCGAGCUCCUCCUCGGCCCGACCGUCUCUGCGCAGGAACCAGGCGAGUUUGCCUUUCCUCGAUCGCCGAGCUCGCCCUCAUCUCCGUCCCCCUAAAUGUGAUGCCGCUCGUCCGCAUUGUGGGACGUGUGUCAAGCAAUGGCAAGCCCUCAUAAGCGUCCCCCACCACCAUCCUACAGAACCAACAUGCUCAUACGACCCCAUUGAUGGCCUCACCGUCGCACCGGAGGUCGACUCUGCGGAGCGGAUCCGUCAGCUGGAAGACCAUAUCCUGAAGAGCCAAUUGCAACAUCAGCAACGCACGCUCGCCUCAGGCUCUGUCUCACCUCCAGCCAUCGCGCACUAUACCCACCCCAACGCGGCGUCCGGCUCUCUGUCUACUUCUAGCGGUCGCUCCUCGGCGGGAAGCCCGAACGUAUCGGGCAUGGCCGUAGCGCACCCGUCCUUGGACUAUGGCAACGGUCUGUCGACGAACAGCCCCGACUCCCAAGGCAGGAGCUCUGCAAGCAGCCCGGAGAUGACCAGGCCUGGCAGUGGGCCGGACCCGCUGAUGGAUGUGCUCUGUGCUGGAUGGGAUCCCCAUCUGCCUGAACCCCCUGUCCUCAACCACUACGUGGAAGUGUUCUUCCGAUGCGAUCCGUGUAGUACGCGGAUGUUCGAUCGACCGACGUUCCUUGCAUCCCUACAUCUCAACCCACGAGACCCAAAAUUUCCACAUUCCGCAGUUCUACACGCAAUAUGCGCUUCCGCAUCAAGAUAUGCCUCUAGCGACAGCAUGAUCCUCUCAGACGGCACACGGCGCGAUCGGUUCGCUGAACUGCACGUCUCGAAAACGCGCGAGUACAUCGACAGUACGAUGGCGACGGGGCAGGACAUCUUCCCCGUCAUGCAGGCCUGCAGCAUCCUCUCGUGGUACUUCUACCAGGAGGGUCGCUGGGUCGAGGUCUGGAUCUUUGCCGGCUUCCAGACGCGUGUCGCCGUCCCGCUCGGGCUGAACUACCCUGGGACGUUCAGCCAUCAGACGAGCAACGCCCCUGGAGCGUAUCUGCCUCCGCCGUCCGACUUCAAGGAGCUUGAACUCAGGAGACGGACGUGGUGGAUGACGAUCAUGUUUGACAGGAUCGUGAGCGUUGGCGGGUGGCUGCACGCGAUCGACGAGAACGAUAUCGGGACGGAGUUUCCCGUACGCGCAGAAGACUUUGAGUCCGCCACCGACAUGCCAGACAACCCGCAGAACCUUGCGAGCCGCGACCUGUACACCCGGCACCCGCCGCAGUACACGGACUCGUCAUCCUUUUCUGAAGGCGAUCAUGCUCUUCGGGCGCGUGACAGACUUCAACACGCGAAUCGCCUGCGCGACGGCUCCCGAGCAAGAACCAGAACCCGUUCACCUACCGGGCUUCCAGGAGCUCGACCGGCUCGUGUGCAUCGACUUCCUGGAGAGCUUCCCGCAGCAGUACAAGCACCUGGUUUUGGCUCGGACGUGGCGAGUUUUGAUAGCGAUCUGUAUAUGGCGAGGAUCGUGCCGUAUGCGGCGAUGAUCACGCUGCACAAUAACUUCAUUGACUUCGCCAACGAUCAGAGCACAUCGACGAUGCGCUGCAUAACGGCCACCCGCGUCAUCCUCAACGCGCUGCACAAGCUCUCCGAGACUUCACUGACACGACGCAUCUGUUGGUACCUCGCCGCGGUGGUCCAGGUACAGCUCUGCAAGUACUUCAUCGAGAUCGGGGACAGCUCGCGGGAGAGCACCGUCUGGGGCGAGAUCAACGCCCUGCGCUUCGCCAUGAUGGCGUACGGCAACCGGUCGCCGAUCGGGACGCGGCAGGAGAAGCUCCUGCAGGGCGUCAUGCAGGAGAUCAUCCGGAUGACGAACCAGCCAGAGCCGCUGUCGAGCGGCGUGCCGCUCUACCCCUUCUCGCACGCGACGCUCUUCUCGAAGGAGGCCACCUCGCAGAACGAGGUCACCGCGCCCAUCCCCGGCAUACGCUCCUUCGAGCUCGACUCCCACGCGCACACGCACGGAGAGGGGCCGAUGGGCGUUGGCGCCGCGGCGGCGGUCGCGGCGCACAUGCGCGAGCUGCUGCCUACGCCGGGCGGCGGCGGGGGUUUGUCUGGGGUCAGCAUGAACGGUGGUGGGCAGCACAUGCAGCAUGCGAUGUCGGGCAUGCACGCGCGCCCCGCCAUCCUGUCAGGGACCUCCUACGGGGGAGGGUUCUGA